GUGGCAACCAAGCCCUCCGUAUUUGAAUACAACGGCGCAUUCCAGGACGAAAGAUCACCCCUGACCAACGAUCUGUGGGAGGGACUCUUUCCCAAACGCAAGGGCUUCUUUCAGCACCCGACCAUUGCUGAUCACCGAUCGGCGUUUGCUGUGUAUCACCAGCUACACUGCCUGAACAGCAUCCGACAGGGCUACUGGGGCUUGUACGACAUGGCAGUAUCCAGGGGCCAGAACAACCUCACCAGUGACGAUGAUGAUCUUCCCCACAUGCUCUCACCGCACCACAUCCGUCAUUGCCUCGAACUACUCCGGUUGGCGUUGAUGUGCCAGCCCGACCUGACCGUGGAGCUCAAGAACGAAACCCUGGGUGGAGUGACGGGAUACGGGACCGAGCAUCAGUGCAAAAGCUGGGAGGAUCUGUCUCACUGGAUGGCUCAGUGGGAGUCCUUUGGACUAUGACUUAGCGGCUAGAUACUGGGCGAAUAAAUUUGGCAAACGGAAACAAGUGCGGCUGUGUAUUCAAACUAGUAGUGAGUCCCGUCCACAAGGCGAACGUUUAGGUAGACCUGAGCAGCAAAUCAUAUCUCUU